CGGGGUGUAUCCUAAAUAGGAGGUAUUGCUCUCACCCAGGGCCAAACCAAUUUUUAAAAAGUCUCUUAAAUAGAGGUUACCUUAUAUUGGAGGUAUCUAUACUGACGUUUUUUAUUCAGGAACCUCUUCUAUCAACAACAACCAGUACUUGUACAAAAGGGGGAGGUGUUAGUUCUUCAAACCCUUCAAUGUGUAUUCCACAGCAACAACAUCAUCAACCUUCAGGUUUAAUCCAUCUUGGACCUGGAAUUUCUCCUACCUGCCCAAGACAUGGGCGCGCAGCUCAAAUGUUGUUGGCAGCAGCUGCAGCAAAUCGUUCAGGAGGGAUUGGGGUUGAUGGAGGAGGUAUCAGUGGAGGCAACAUACCCUCAACAACAAUAACAACACCUCCAGCCCUUCAAAUGAAUUUAAACAACAAUAAUUCUAUAAUGUCGACUACUACACAAAAAAUACAAGCAAAUAUUAACAAUAAUAAUGGCUCGUCUUCAUUAAAUGGAGGUGCUUUUGAUGGAAAUGGAAGUAAUGGACAGCAAAAACAAAGGACAAUUGAAGAAGUUCAAGUUUAG